UGACUUGCACAGACUCAUAAAGGCGGGCUGAGCGCUCAAGAAUGUGACUCGUCCACAUGUCAGAAAUGCUGAGCAGCAGCAGAGCGCAGCGCACCAGGCUGGGAGCGCACGGAAACUUGUAGAGACAACUGAUAGUAUCAUUACAAUUAUCAUUUCUCAAUUCGGCUGAGGGAAAAUACAAAAUUUUCAUACAUCUCAUCCUUUGGAGUGAUUUUUUUUCAGUCUUUUCUCCUAAGAGCAUGACGAAUGCUGUUCCUAUGACUGAUUUCACUUGAGGCUACACGAGAGAAAGCCAAAUGGAGACGUUUACAAUACACGACGUGCUCAUUAACUCAACCGACCUGAACAAGAUUUUAUGCAAUUUUGGAUUCAAGAAUAUUUCGGAGUGCGAGAGCGAGCAGGAGCCCUCAUCUGAACCUAAAGAUAUCAACCAGACGGUGCGGAUCGUCCUCUACAGCCUCAUCUUCCUCCUCAGCGUGCUGGGCAACGGCCUCAUCAUCACCGUCCUGGUGAGGAACCGGCGCAUGAGGACCGUCACCAACCUGUUCCUGCUGUCCCUGUCCGUUAGCGACCUGAUGGUCUCCCUGGUCUGCAUCCCCUUCACCCUCAUCCCCAACCUCAUGAGGGACUUCAUCUUCGGCAACGGGAUGUGCAAGCUGGUCAUGUACUUCAUGGGUGUCUCAGUAAGUGUUUCCACAUUCAACCUGGUGGCCAUCUCCCUGGAGCGCUACAGCGCCAUUUGCAACCCCCUGUCCUCCAGGACGUGGCAGACCAAAUCCCACGCCGCCAAGGUCAUCACCGCCACCUGGGUGGUGUCCUUCAUCUUGAUGCUGCCCUACCCCAUUUCCAGCACCCUCAAGCCCUUCACCCGCCGCAACAACAGCACGGGGCACAUGUGUCGCCUGGUGUGGCCCAACGACGUCAUCCAGCAGUCGUGGUAUGUGUCCCUGUUGCUGCUGCUCUUCCUCAUCCCCGGCAUCGUCAUGAUGACAGCUUACGGACUAAUUUCCCUGGAGCUCUACCGGGGCAUCAAGUUUGAGCUGUCCAACAGGAAAUCUAGCAGAGACAGACAAUCAAGCACUGGCAGCAUCAAGCCCGGCGACAGCGACGGCUGCUACAUGCAACCGUCUAAAAAGAAGAGCACCGGCAGCUUCGCCAACUCCAGCAGCAAGGCCAAGGUGGGCCGCGUGUGCAGCGGCAGCUCCACAGCCAACCUGAUGGCCAAGAAGCGCGUGAUCCGCAUGCUCCUCGUCAUCGUCUUCCUCUUUUUCCUGUGCUGGACUCCCGUUUUCGUGGUCAACGCAUGGCAGGCUUUCGACCGGCGCUCGGCCUACCGCCUGACGGGCGCGCCCAUCUCCUUCAUCCACCUGCUGUCGUACACCUCGGCCUGCGUCAACCCCAUCAUUUACUGCUUCAUGAACAAGCGCUUCCGCCAGGGCAUGCUGGCCACGUUCACCUGCUGCAGCUGCCUGAGGAGUGGCGGCAGCGGCGGGGGGAACGGCGGCUUGGCGAGGUCAGCCGGAAUCGGAACGGCGAAAGGGGAAGUGGGCAGAUCAAGAGCGGGGCCGAAGGCCGCUGAGCAGAAUGGUCAUACCCCGCCGAGCGGAGCCAGCACACGCUUCACCUACACCGGCAUCCGUGCAUCCGCCUGGAGUGAGCUGACUUAAGAUGGACUGAUGUGUGUGUGUGUGUGUGUGUGUGUGUGUGGAAGAGCUGUGGCCUGACUGCAAACACUUGAAGGGAAUCUGUGCUGUGUUGUCUUAACAUAAAACCCUCACUCAUAGGACUAGCUUAUGAGCAGCUACAUUGCUUUGGCUCGGAGCGUGACGAGACGCGGGUGCAGCCGUCAGCGACUGUGGAGCUUGGGCGGUGUAAAUUCAGCGCCCUCACGUCCAGAUGUUUCCCAAACGCCUGCAGCAUCCAGGGCGGACGCCCGGUCAUACAAAGCCUCGAAGGGCCUCAAGUCUGAGACAGCAAAGGAGUGUUUUUAUGAAGCUGAAUACCAGUUAAUGUAGUUAACCGCAGUUCUCCAUGUAUGUAAUGGUAGCUGCAUUAUGCACACGGCUGCUCAAAAGUUUGGAAUCACCUGCAACAAAAGCUUGAUUGUGGGGCUGAAAGGAUUAUUCUGCAGCAUACGUCUGAACGGUCUACAUGCUUUUGAUCGUAGAAAGUUGGAAUGCUUUGUUCGUGGAGAACAGAAUGCUGUGCAACUAGACUGACAAGUGAGAGGUUUACAGUUAAACUAGAACAUGAGAGGUCACCAGACAGUAGUAAAAAGAAUACAAAAAAAAUUGAAUAGGAACGACUUCCUGUUUCAGUGUCAAGUGCACCACGAUGCCUCUAAAAAGCUGGAAUUAGCAGGCACGUUGCUUCAGUUAGUUAGUUAGCAAGUUAGCGCAGCUGGAAAAUCAGCUAACGGGUGAUUCCAAACUUAUGAACGGUGGUGUGACCGUUGACGCCGAAACCACAAUCGGCACCAGAAGGAUUACGCUGCAUGACAGGAUCAGGUCUCAAACAGGAGAAUCUCACGUCAAGUGCGGCAAACAGAUCGCAUCUCAUCCUCGUCAGCACAGUUUGCCUCGUUGUCAUGGAGAUGGUCCAAUUUUGAGACUUUGAACUGAAGUCUUUAAAGUUAGAAGAAACAAGGAGAAUUUGCAAAUUUACUCUUCAGUGACAACGUCCAAUGUGCUGAUGAAGAUCAUGUGAAGUGAUCAAAAGCUCUUAAACAGCUGCUAAAUAGACCUUGAGGUGAGACAGAUCAAGACUGAACUUUACGAACAAAUCAUGAAAAAUUCACCAACAUGCAUGUUUUAGCUUUUAAUGUGCUGUCAUUUUCCUACAUAAAUCCUUUGACAUGGUGCUGGGAGGUCGUUAGCUUAGCGAUUAGCGAGGCGCAGCAGGAGGGAAGCAGCUAGCCUGUCAAAUGCUACUGAGUCCAGCUUCCAGAGACAAUCGUUUCACACUUUGCAUCUGGUUUGUUUAAUCCUUACUCAAACAGAGGUGUUAAAAACGGUACAUUGUUCCUGGUUGUGUGCUAACGCUCCGUAUGCUAAGAUAAGCUACUCGCUGCGUGAAACAAUUGACUUUCUGUGCCUGAUUUCAAACGAACGGCCGCCCGGAAGUACUGUAAACUGUUCACGGCUUGAAGGAAAUUGGAUGAAACGUGAACAGUCCCGGCACGGUCCUCUCAUUUCUUUUCGAUGCUGGAGGGUCAGAAACACGCCUGUCGCGCAGCAGCGUAAGUGUACUCGGCGGCUUCAAAACAACCAUCCAGUGCACAUACAGUUCUGCUUUCGUCCUUGACCCACUCUGUGUGUGUGUGUGUGUGUGUGUGUUUGUGAGCCUAGAGGGGUUGUACUGUGUGUGCUACGGGAACUGGAGAGAGGCCUUAUCAUUUGGUGGGACUCUGAACACCUGUAUCACCUCUUCUUCAGAGACUGAACUCACAGCGUUACUUAACUGAUUUCCACUGAUUCACGCUGCUAAAUUUAGCAGCGUCAAUGUAGCAACGUGUUCUCAUUUUGUUUCCUCGUAUCACAAUUGUUGUAUGACCUCAGCAUUGUCGUGGAAAUUUUUACUCUUGCAUUUUAGGAGAUUUUUGCUUUUACGAUUUCGUUCACAACCCAGAUUCAAAAAGAGCUGGGACGCUGUAGAAACAGUUUUAAGUGUUCCUGAGCUCAUGUAGUAACAUCCUUUAUCCAAUCAUGUGUUCACAAAGCGGUGAACCUCGCUCCAUCCUUGCUUGUGAAAGACUGAGCCUUUCCAGGAUGCUCCUUUCAUACCCAA